GAGUUCGGCGGUCUUGGAAAGCAAGCUCCGAUUCCUAUUGCCGAGUUUGUAGGAACUAAGAAGAUAUGGCGGUGCCGUUGCUGACGAAGAAGAUCGUUAAGAAGAGGGUUAAGCAGUUCAAGAGGCCUCAGAGCGACCGCAAGAUCUCUGUCAAAACAAACUGGCGUAGACCAAAGGGUAUUGAUUCUCGUGUCCGAAGGAAGUUCAAAGGAUGCACUUUGAUGCCAAACAUCGGUUAUGGUACUGACAAGAAGACCCGCCAUUAUCUUCCUAAUGGAUUCAAGAAGUUCGUCGUGCACAAUGUGAAUGAGCUUGAACUGUUGAUGAUGCACAACAGGACUUACUGUGCUGAGAUUGCACACGAUGUGUCCACAAAAAAGAGGAAGGAGAUCGUGGAGAGAGCUGCCCAACUCGAUGUAGUUGUCACCAACAAGCUUGCUAGGUUGCGCAGCCAGGAGGAUGAAUGAGGAGCCGCCUCCUAGACUCUCUUUUUGUUUUUAUUAUUAGUAUUGUCCUUUUAAUACCGUCUUAUGAAUAUGUCUGUUAUUGCAGCUGCCCUGGCUUUUGCUGUUUUUCUAUUCUACUCAAUGUCAUCCUUUAUUUGACUAAGAUUUCUAAUUCCAUCGUCAUUUUUGGUUA